UUUUAAAUUUUUCACUCCACUCAUAUCCACCAAUCAAUGCUGAAACUCAAGACAUCCUAACAAACCAAAAAUUAAGCACCCAAGCCUGAGAAUACCAAAAUUGUUAAGAAGGAUGACCCAAAGACUUCCAAUGAUCAUGAUGACGAAUAAGAUGAAACCAAUCUAGUUGAGGUAGCCAAAAAACCAGAAAAAAAAUAACCCACUAUCUAACAAAAUACAAAUGAUGGUUGGUAACAAUCAGAUGAUCCUAAAGACCUUCCUACUAAUGGUAUUGGUAAGAAGCCAACUGCCUAAUAUAAAAAGCAGGAUGAGACUGCCGUUGAAAUACGUAAUGAAGAGUUUCCUGAUAUUGCUUCUGUGGAUGAUAUGUCAAAACCAACUAAAAAGUAAAAAAAAAUGAACCAACAACCAAAAUAAGACUAACCAAUCUAGCCUGUCGUUAACAAUGCAGGGCUAUUCACUAAUUCUAGUUCUAAACCAUAAACCUAAACAACAAAUAAUGUUUAAACUAAAAAUACACAAUCAAACUCUAAUUCUGGAUCUCUGACAUUCACAAAUACAAAAAAGUCAGAAAACUCAGCCUAUUUCUAAUAGCAACAAUAAGAAUAAAUUAAAAAAACACAAUAAGAGCCAGCACCCUAGGCACAACCACAAAUUUAAGAAACAUAAAAAUCUAACCCACCUCAAAGAUAAGUCAAUUUAUCGAGAAAUACAAAUGCAGCAUCCCAAUAAGCCCCCAUUGAAUAAGUGAAGCAAGUGAAAGUCGAAGAAUCGAUUCCCACUUUCACCAACUCUAAAGCUAAGGGCAAUCCACCAGUAGUCUCAUAAUAAGAAUAAUAACAAUAGUAAUAGUAAUAGCGAUAGUAGUUGUAAUAGCAAUAAUAAUAAUAAUAAUAAUAACAAUAAUAACAAUAAUAAUAAUAAUAAAAUAAUGAGGAUGAAGACAGCGAUGGUUGGGAGACAGUUGAACAGAAAAGAAAACCUAAAGGAACAUUUUCAAGAAAUUAAAAAAAGCCUUGAUGAACAAUUUAAAUAAAAUCCAUUCAAAAAUUUUAAAAAUAUGCUUCAA